GCUAUUUCCUCUGACGUUCUAAAUUAUAAUCCUUAGAUAGAGAGAAUGGCUUCUUCGUCUUUGCCUCCGGCGAUGAAGGAAGGAGAACAUAGAAACUGGGCGGAGCUUCCGCCGGAAUUGACGUCAUCGAUUCUGCACCGGCUUGGCGCGAUUGAGAUAUUGGAAAACGCACAGAAAGUGUGCAAAUCGUGGUAUCGCGUUUGCAAAGACCCCUCGAUGUGGCGGAAAAUUGACAUGCUUAACUUCAAAGACGUGGAUUACGACCUGCUCGAGAAAAUGUGCCGUCACGCAGUUGAUCUUAGCCAAGGCGGUUUGGUUGAGAUCGAUAUUCGGAACUUUUGUACUGAUUCUCUCCUCAAUUACAUCGCCGAUAGUUCAAGUAAUCUGAGAAGCAUUAAACUUGCAAUGUGCUAUCAAAUAACAAACGAGGGACUUAUUGAAGCUGUCGUGAAACUUCCUUUGCUUGAAGACCUCGAGAUUUCAUACUGCUCAUUAUCAGGAGAGUUUCUGAAAGUUGUUGGCCAGUCUUGUCCUAAUCUGAAGACAUUGAAAAAGAACUGUGUGGGUUACAGGCGUCCUCGACACGAGUGUGACGAUGUUGCCCUAGCAAUCGCUGAAACGAUGUCCGGACUUCGCCACCUCCAGCUUUUUGGGAACAAAUUAACAGACGCUGGUUUAAACGCCAUUCUUGACAGUUGUCCUAACCUGGAACAUCUUGAUUUACGCCAGUGUUUCAACGUUAACCUUGUUGGGGAUCUGGAGAAGCGGUGUUCCGAGAGGAUCAAAGUUGUUAGACGCCCCAAUGAUUCGAUUCAUGAUUACCCAUUUGAUGCAACGAUUAACGAUGUGGAUUCAUCAGAAGAUGACUACCCUUAUGGCUUCUCUGAUGUCGAUAUGGUGUCAGAUGAUGAGUUUUACUAUGACUUCUCAGGUGCUUCUGACUAUGAUGACAUGUUCGAUGAUUACGAAUUACAAUGAUAUGCAUUUCUAGAGUAAACAUUUUCAAAGUCGUUCAUGACCCCUCUUUUUAAGCAUGCUCGUAGUUUCAUAUGUGUCCUCGUGUAUUGUUACAUUUAGUAAUAUUGUGUUUUUGCUUUUUGUCGUUCUACAAUAUCUAAACGCUAAAAAAGUUUCAAAUGAUGUGAACUA